GAAAACCCAACGAAGAAUCUUCCAAAAAAACAACCAAAAAAUAGCAGCUCCGAAGACCAACAACACAACAACAAUGGAUAGAGGCUCCUACGAGCGGCUCAGCAUCCGAGACUCCGCGCAAUCCUUAAAAAAAUACGGCAGCACCAGCAGGCACGUCACCAAACCGGACACCUUCAUCAAGCACUACGUCGACAACGCGGACACCCUGCAGGGCAUCGCCCUCAAAUACGACGUCACGAUCGAGCAAAUCCGCAGGGCCAACAAGCUGUGGACAUCGGACAGCCUCUUCCUCAAGGAGCACCUUCUCAUACCCCUCGACGCGGCGUCGGGAGCAGCCAGUGACGUCAGGCGUCUGGAUAGGGACCGGCCGAGCUCCGUCGCGACGUCCGAUUCGAUCCGCAGCGGUUCCUUCGAUGAGGAGGACGUCGACGGGUUCCUGGGGAAAAUCGACGCCGCCAUUGCGAGCACUAAGGAGGAUGUCCGGAAGACCACCAGAAAUAGUGAAUUUGCGACGGGUUUAGAGCACUCCGAUCGAAGACAUCCGGCUGUAUCGAGGAUGAAGCAGCUGGUGAAUAAUAAUAUGUCUUUGUCGAACGAGGCGGAUUUUAGUAGAGGGCACGAUCAGGAGGCGGUGCAGGGCGUCGCGACGCCCGUCGUGGGGGCGGCGGUGUUGCCGCAGCGGGGCAAGAAGGUGCGGAAUUCGAUCAGGCAGCACGAAAGGCAACAGGACGAGUUGUUUGAGUUGUAGAACGAGUAGAUCGAGGUGUGUGAUUUUUUUCGGAAAAGAAGAAAUGAGGGAAGAGAAACGGAUUUUUCAAGAUAGCUAAAGUGUUUUUUUUUUUUUCUAUAAAAGUUUC